UCCAACUGCCUGUGUUCCAUACUGACAUCGAACGCCCUUCAGCGAGCACUAUCUCCGCCACCAUCAUCAUGCCCAAACGCAAGGAACAAGCCGAAGAAAUCUCUCUCGAGGACGAGGAAGAGGAAGUCUCCGCUGGUUCAGCUCCCACGUCCAUCAACCCAUACCAUGUCCUCGACCUUCCUCCAGACGCCUCAGCCGAUGAGAUCAAAAAAGCCUACCGCCGCGCAGCUCUCAAAUCGCAUCCUGACAAGGUGUCACCCGAUCAAAAAGAUGCUGCACACCAACGCUUCCAGGAAGUCGCAUUCGCAUACGCCAUCCUAUCCGAUGAGCGUCGGCGGAAACGCUACGAUACUACCGGCCGCACAGAAGAGAGUCUCGACAUUGAAGACGAUGACUUCGACUGGGCAGAUUUCUUCCGCGCGCAGUUUGCGAACGUGGUGACAGAAGAGAGGAUCAACGAGUUCGCGGGCAGCUAUAAGGGUAGCGAAGAGGAGAAGCGAGAUCUGUUGAAGGCAUAUGAGCAGUGUGAAGGGAGGAUGCAGAAGAUCUACCAGACGGUCAUGCUGAGUGAUAUGACGGAAGAUGAGGACAGGUUUCGUGCAAUCAUUGACGAGGCAAUCGAGACCGGAGAGGUUGAAGGGUAUGAGAAGUAUUUGGGAGAGACAGAGAAGCAGAGGGAGAAGAGAAUCGCUCAAGCGAGGAAGAACAAGGAGAGCGAGGCUGGCGAGGCGAAGGCUGCAGAGGAGGAGAUUAAGAAUAAGAAGAAGGGCAAGGGGAAGAAAGAGAAUGGGUCGGGAGGUGGCCUGGGUGAUCUUGCUGCAUUGAUACAGCAGAGGCAGAAAGGGCGUGAGCAGAACUUCUUCGAUCAUCUCGAGGAGAAGUAUGCACCGAAGGGAAAGAAAGGGAAGAGUUCAGCUAUGGAUGAGCCGCUUGAAGAGGCUUUUGCUGCGAACCGCAAGAAGGCAGAUACCGUCGAGGGUGCGAGGAAGAAGGCUAAGACCAAGAAGUGAGCAGUAACCUGCUCUUCUGGUUGAAUUUGAUGAUAGACUGUACUGAUAAGCAUGGCGUUCAGGCGCAGUGAUACCCAGACUGCAUACUGGAAACACUGAGAUGGAAUCGUGGAUUGAUUACAGAAGCCAAAUAUUACAGAGCUACAGCGAUGGUCCCCUCGCCCGAUCUCUCACCCGAAGAGACGUGUCGCAGUCCUCGUCUAUCUGCUAUUUCGCUCAAGAUCCCGUAUGGCAUCAUGCAAUCGUCUACCCUUACUCCGAAUGCCUCACAGCCUUCGUUGAUCUUCACAUCGUUC